CCGCAGGUGAUGGAGACCCGACAGGUGUCGCGGAGCCCCCGAGUGCGGCUGCUGCUGCUGCUACUGCUACUGCUCGUGCCCUGGGGCGCCUGCCCAGCCUCAGGUGUUGCUCUACCCCCCGCUAGCGUGUCGGUGUCUCUCCACAGCCUGCGCGCCCCCCGCCGGGCCUGGGAGGUUGCAGACAGCCCCUCGCCGCGGCGGAGCCUGGCGCUGGCGGACGACGCGGCGUUCCGGGAGCGCGCGCGGCUGCUGGCCGCCCUGGAGCGCCGCCAGUGGCUCAACUCAUACAUGCAGAAGCUGCUGCUGCUGGACGCCCCCUGA